AUUUAUUUCCCUAUAAAUACAUAUAUAUACACACUUUUAUUUGCACAUGUUAUUCUGAACAAUUGGAUUAUUUGCUUUCUCUUAAUUUGGUCCAUCAUGUUUAUUCGUUUGUGUUUAUUUGUAUGUCUCUUUCUCAUUCUGGGAUUGAAAAUAGAGCAAGUUAAUGCUCAAUUGUAUAGGAGAUAUAGGAAUAAACUAUACCCUUAUCGUACAUUAGUUGUGGAUUCAUUAGGACAAGGAAAUUUCUCUACUAUACAAUCUGCUAUUGAUUCAAUCCCUUCCAACAAUAAUGUUUGGAUUUGCAUUAAGGUGAAGGAAGGUACCUACAGAGAAAAAAUAGAGAUUCCACGUGAUAAGCCUUACAUCAUAUUGAAAGGAGAAGGAAGGAGGAAAUCAUAUGUUGAGUGGGAUGAUCAUGAUACAACAGCACAAAGUCCUACAUUCGUAAUAAUGGCCGAUAAUAUUGUUGUCAAAUCCAUUAGUUUUAGGAAUUCAUACAACAAUCCGUUAAACAACAGACCGAAGAGACCUGCCGUAGCUGCAAUGAUAAGUGGCGACAAGGUCUAUUUUUAUAGAGUUGGUUUCUUUGGCUUUCAAGACACUUUGUGGGACGACAAAGGAAGACACUACUACGAGCUUUGCACCAUACAAGGUGCUGUUGAUUUUAUCUUUGGAGCUGGCCAAUCUUUGUUUGAGAGGUGUUCCAUAUCUGUUAUUGGUGUUGGUUAUAUAACAGCACAAGGUAGAACAAAUCCAAACGAUGGAAGUGGAUUUGUUUUCAAAGAUUCACACGUGUUUGGAAAUGGGACAGUUUACUUAGGAAGGCCUUGGAGAGGCUAUGCUAGAGUGUUGUUUUACAAUACCAAUAUGACCAACGUUGUACGACCUAGUGGUUGGAAUUCAUGGAACUUUGAUAGUCGAGAGGAUCAUGUAACAUUUGCAGAGCAUGGGAAUUUUGGACCUGGAGCUGACACAUCCAAACGAGUGAAAUGGGCUAAGAAAUUGGAUUUAAAAACAGUUGAGAAAAUGGCAAGUUUGAACUUCAUUGACCCCAAACAAGAACAAUGGCUUCAAAAUCAACUCUUCUAAAACUAAUUAAGAUGUGGACAUAAUUAUCUCGAACAGGACAUUAAUCUAUGCAAAACUAUAAACAAGCCCAAAGAUACUGUCGACAAACAAUUUUGCUAUCUACAAAGUUUAUUAUAUACCAUACUUCUCCAACAUUUCUAACAUUUUUUUAACUGUUGCA